AUGGGAAUAUUAAAUGCUCAAGUUCUGCUUACCUUUGGCACCAUCAUAUGUUUUGCUUCAACUUCAUAUACUUACCAAGGGACUGCCAGCUUCUACAAGGCUCCUUACGUUCCCUCUGCAUGUAAUGGAUAUAGGGAUGAUGGUAUUUUUAUAGCUGGAGCAAGUGAUGCUGUAUGGAAAGAUGGAGCAGCAUGUGGGAAAGUUUACGUGGUGUACUGUACUGGUGCCACAAACCAAGCACCACAACCUUGUACGGAUAACCUUGUUGCGGUCAGAAUUGUUGAUUACUGUCCACAGGGAUGCCGCGGAACCAUUAAUCUUUCAGAAGAUGCUUUCUCUGUGAUUGCUAAUCUCAGUGCUGGAGUAAUUAAGGUUGAGUACUAUGAAGACUAA